AUGCUUCGCACACAAAUCAUCAAGAGCGCGCGCUCCUUCGCCGCUCCCCGCUACUUCUCGGCCUCUGCCUUGCGCAUGGCCGAGGGUGCCACCGGCUCGGGUACCUCGAGGCCUACCGGAAGCGCUGGAGGUGAUGCUUUCACCAAGCGUGAGGCCGCUGCUGAGGAGCUCUACAUCCGUCAGGAAGAGAAGGCCAAGCUCAGGGCAAUCAAGGAGAAGCUCAAGCAGCAAAAACAGCACAUUGAGGAUCUCGACAAGCACAUCGACGAUGUCAUCAACGAGGGCCGCUCCCAAGGCGAGCAAAACCACAUCUAA